AUGGCGGGUUGUUCUUCGAGCUUUGGAAUAUCGAAUGUUGUAACCCUGCGGAACGAGGUCGUUUUGAGGAAGAUUUGGAGCCAGAAUUUGAUUUUUGAUGGCGUAAGGUUUAGGAAUGAUGCAAAGGAGGUAGCUUUGCCAGUGUUCUGUAGGAACAAUCGCUUUAGACAUGGGGUCAAUUCCUUUUCGGUGAAGAAAGACCGGAAUUUUAUGGUCAUGAGUAUGUCUCAGCCUCAGGCUGAAUCACACUCUGAGUUGGGAGCAGUAACGGUUUCAAAUGAGGGAGCUGAUGUUAUUUUAGGAAAGGAAACGAGGAUUUUGGAGAAUGAGCAUAGAUCAAAAACCGAGAAUGGUGUGCUUGAUGGUAGUGGUGGUGAUGGGAAAUACACGAAUGGUAGAGGAGGAGGGGGUGGUGGUGGUGGCGAUGAUGAUGGGGAUGAUAAAGAAGAAGAAGAGUUUGGGCCACUUAUGAAAUUUGAAGAGAAAAGUGCUUCUCCUUAG